AUGUCGUCCAGCUCCCCGUCCAUGAGCUUUGCCAGCGAGAGCUUGAUUGGUUCCACUUUCGCAGGGGCCUGUCCGCUGACCCCCGCAGCCACUUCUGCCACAGCGACCCUGUACUCGUUCUCGGCCGAGUCCAGCUCCGACACCAGCUCGGAGACCAGAGCCUUCUGCGUCUCCACCUGCUCCAGCAGGUUUGCCAGCACCGCGUUCUCAGCCUCGAGCUUCCCCUUCGUCUUGCGCAGCCGAGCGUGCGCCUUGUUGGCCCUGAGCUGCGCGGGCUUUUUGUCCUCCGAGCCCUUGUCGGCCUGCUCCAGCAGCUGCUUGUACUUCGCCGCCGUCGCUUUGUCACCUGAUCUCUCCGCCAUGGUGACCAUCGAACGCAGCUCGUCCCUGGAAAGGGCCGUGGGCGCCUCAGGUCUGGGACGUGCGAUCCAGCAGCACCACCAGUCCUGCCAGCACCCCCACGAGGCGUAUCACGCGGGCGAGGGCGGCCUAUGGACGGACGCCCCGCAGGACGAGAAGGCGGCACCGCCCUCAGUGGCGUUCGGGCCUUUCGCGGCGGCCGCGCGGCGGGGCACGAAGCGCGCCCACGGGGCCGGGGCCGCCGACAAGGCCGCCGCCGCGCCGAGGAAGCAGCCGCGGGGUGCCGCCAGGGCCGCAGCCGCGGGCCGCCGCGGCGCGAUGGGCACCGGCAGCUGA